AUGCGCAACGAGUUUUGCUGCAAUGUGCAGGGCUGUGGAAAGACAUUUAAACGAGCUGCAAAGCUCAACGAUCAUCUAAACACACACUCAAAGGAACGGCCUUAUAAAUGUGAUAUGUGUGAGAAGACUUAUAUGAAGAACAGUCAUCUUUCGGUCCACAAGAAGAGCCAUUUCUCUCCAGAAUUCAAAUGCUCUAAAUGCGGAUACACAUGCCAUACUAAGGAUAGACUUUGUAGGCAUAAAACAACUUGUGUGCACUAUGAAUGCAGCAUAUGUAAGAAAACAUACAAAAAGCAUGCGUGGUUUGAAUCACACGUAAAAAGCCAUCAUAUAAAGGUUUUUAAUCACGAAAAGAAGAUCUAUGCAUGUCAAUACUGUAGAUUUGAAUUCAGUAAGAAGAGUAAUCUUUCCACUCAUGUACGAUCGGUCCAUCAACUCAAAAAACCGUUUUCAUGCCCGUGUGGAAAGCAAUAUGCUCAUAAUGUAUCUUUAGAUAAGCACGGGAUCAAAUGUUUAAUUGCACAGAAUUCACUUGGAUCUACACAACAAUUAUCAAAUGGUCAUAACUCCAUACCUGUCACGUAUGCAAUGCCUGAAACUCAUUCUUAUAAAAUCUAG